ACGUGUUUCACUGGGACAAAAGUGAGUGGUGCACAUUUCCUUCGCCCGGCCACACAACAACAAAAACAGUCCCAUUUAAGAGUUGCUGGUGUAACAAUAGGAAGAAUAUAUUCCACUCCUCUCUUAUACACUCGGCUUAUGAGGAGGUGAAACUUAACUAUGGAUCAGAAGGGUCAAGCGAACAUGGAUCCCGACCAAAUGUCAACCAGCAGGUUUCGGUGAGAAAAUUGUGGUAAAAAGUCGCUUCUUACCGGAGAUCAGCUGAGCUUGCGCCGUCCAUAAAGCUGCCGUCGACUUCCCUCAGACACUGGCGUCAACACACCCGUGGACACACACCUCCGACUAUCAGAUGAACGCUCGUCAAGAAGAACGCCCCCUUCAGCAGCAGGAGGAUCCACAGCCCCCCCACAUUAAACAGGAAGAGGAGGAUCUCUGGGUUACUCAGGAGGAAGAGUUUCUUCCAGGGCAGGAGGAGGUGGAUCUCAGCAAGUUUCCACUGACUGUUGUUUCUGUGAAGACUGAAGAGCAUGAAGACAAACCACCUGAGUCCUCACAGCUUCAUCACAAUCCAAACGUCCGGCAGGUGUCAGCAGAGAGUCAUGAAGAUAUUCCCUCCAAGCAGCAGGAGUGGAGCUCCAGUGUGGGACAGAAGGGGCUACAGGCCCCCUCCCACAUUAAAAAGGAAGAGAAGGAACUGUGGGAGAAGUUUCAAAGGUUGGAGGAGGCUGAUGAUGAAGAUGAAGCUCAGUCCUUACAGCUUCAUCACAGUCAAAGUGAGGAGAACAGAGGGGCGGAGCUUGUAAGUCAACACGUCACAGAAGCUGAUGGACAGCAUUGUGAAGAUAUAAAGUCAGAACCAGACAGCAUUUUUGCUCCACUGUCAGACAUGGACCACAUGAUGUCAGACUCUUCUGAUCACAGUGACCACAUCCAAAAACCUUUGGAGAGUAAAAAUGACUCUAAAGAUGAUACGAGACAUCACACUAACAAAAAACACGUUCACUGCUCUGAAUGUGGGAAAUCAUUUAGACACAAGACUAAUUUUACAAGACACAUGAGAAUACAUACUGGAGAGAAACCUUUUACUUGCUCGGUUUGUAAGAAGAGUUUCUCCAGAAAGCUUGACAUGACCAGACACAUGAAAACACACACUGGAGAGAAACCUUUUACUUGCUCUGUUUGUAAGAAGAGUUUCUCCAGAAAGCCUGACAUGACCUCACACAUGAGAACACAUACUGGAGAGAAACCUUUUACUUGCUCUGUUUGUAAGAAGAGUUUCUCCACAGCGCAAAAACUGACUAGACACAUGAAAUCACACACAGGAGAGAAAUCUUUUACUUGCUCUUUUUGUAAAAAGAGUUUCUCCAUUAAGAUUGUCAUGACCAGACACAUGAGAACACAUACUGGAGAGAAACCUUUUACUUGCUCUGUUUGUAAGAAGAGUUUUUCCACUAAGCCUAACAUGUCCACGCACAUGAGAACACAUACCGGAGAGAAACCUUUUACUUGCCCUGUUUGUAAGAAGUGUUCCUCCACAAAGCAACACAUGACCACACACAUGAGAACACACACUGGAGAGAAACCAUUUAGUUGCACUGUGUGUGAUAAGAUGUUCCGUUAUAAGUAUCAGGUCAGUAAACACAAGUGUGUAACAGUCACGGAAGCUGCAGGGAUUUAAAAACACUUAAACAGUGAUUGUGCUAAAUGUACUUUAAAAACACAGCAUGUUUAAUAUGAAUGUAUAUUUCAUGUUGUAUGUAGUGCUUAUCAUCUUCUACUGUUAUAUGUUGUCCUGUAGUUACUUUUUAAGUUGUGUGCAUUUUUUUAAUAUUAUAUAUGGAGCUAUAUUUUUUUUUCUUCUCAUCUCUGAAGACGGGACAUCUUAUUAUUUUCAUUUGUUUUUGUGUCUUAUAAAAAAAUCAAUCAAUCAAUGUUUAUUUAUAUAGCCCUAAAUCACAAAUGUCUCAAAGGACUGUACAAGCCACUAUGAAUACGACAUCCUCGGAAGAACCCACAUAAGGGUAAGGAAAACUCACACCCAGUGGGACGCCAGUGACAAUGAUGACUAUGAGAACCUUGGAGAGGACCUCAAAUGUGGGCAACCAAGAGAGCCGCCCACCAACUCUCGGCCGGUGUCCAGUUCGCAUGGAUGACCGAGGAUCCGUGCAAGGAGCCCGAAGUGUCCAAUACCUGCUCAUUCAGCCAAGGCACUGUGAAGCUUGUCCGUACCGGCGCUCAGCGCCAGCUCCGCAGCCCUGUCUCUUCAUCCGCAUCUCCUCCAGUCUCUCCAAAUGGACUCUGGGAGACCCAGUAGCUGGUCUCCAUGGCCAAAAGGCAUCCUGCUAGGCAGAUCUAGAAGUUCACAAAAAAGCACCGCAUAAGUUAUGAAAGUGCCACCCAUUGUCACACGGUCACAAAGGGUCCCCAAACAAAGGGCAACAAAACCCCACAUGAAAACAAGAGGGAAACAGCAGGAACAGAAAAGGAUGACACAAGAGCACAGAGCUCCUGCCACCAGCAGCCACUACAGCGGCACCAUCUUAAUGAAAUGCUUGUAUGUUUUAGUAAUGUAUGUAUAAAAAAUAAUAUCUUAUCUCGUAGUAAAAGGGAACAAGAAUAUGAAAAUGAACAAGGUGUAUCGCCACAAUUUCAACCACUUUUACGCUUCUGUCAUUGUAAUGAAUGACGCAUGGGGCGCCACUAACUCCCAUCGCAUAAUUUUUUUUUUUAAAUGUUGAUUUUUUUAAACGAAGCAUUUACUGUAACUCAGUGGUUCUCAAACUUUUUUUUGUCAUCCCCCACUUUGGACAAUGGGGAGUUUUCAAGCCCCACCUGCCCCCAUUGCCCCAACAGAACGUUAAUGCCAAGUUUAACAUUUCUAAAUGUAUUGAACAUCAAGUAACAUUCAAGUUGUAUACAUUCAAACUCAAAAACAUAAAAUAACAUCAAGUUCAAUACUAAAUAAAAUAUCUAUUCUGCCAGUUUUCUUUGAAAGAAAUCAAGUGGCUUAUUGACGUGAUUGGGGUGUGUGGUCUCGAGGUGUCUCUUUAAUUUGCUGGGUCUCAUGCUGUCUGCUGCUAGCGGUUUUAGACACAGAACACACAGGGGUCUCUCCUCUGCCCCCACCACCGUUGCCGUAAAUCCAAGAGCAAGAUACCCUUCAUCAUAGUUUCUUUUCGUUUGGCUUUUAGGUUAAUUAAGCCCGUCGGAUUUUUGUUUCUCUGCAGGCGCUGGCUCUGAUUUGACGACCUUUGAGGUGCGAGUCACAAAUGUAUCCAUUUUGUGUAAUUGUGGUCCACACAUUAGCCUGCUACCCGUCCGCGUGAAAGAUUGUUCCGCUUAGCCCCGCCCCCAUUAGUUACUGUUGCUAUAUCUGUCAAACUUUCGCUCCUACCUAGAAAUGUAAAGCCUAGCGGAAAAAUAAGUAAUUCACAUUUAUUUACAUAACAGAUUUCACAGACAGAAUCACAAAGUUAUUUACAGUCUGUAUACAAAAUGAAAGCAUAGUAAAAAAA